UAGCUCUCAUCUGCGGUUAAUGUGUUAGCCACCUACUGUAUUUCGUAGCGGUAAAUGUAGUUUUCUUGCACAUCUAUUUUCGCUGCUCACAACACAGAUCAUUAAAGGUUUUUUUUAUAAAAUAAAUCUGCCUAACUAUACUUAUCGUUUAAGUAUAUGUUGUAAUAGCUGCAUAAUAGUAAUCAAGUAUUGGACUAAUGUUUCCUCUGUUUUUAAUAUUUUUCAGGCUUCCCUAGGGAGUUCAAGUCCAGUUGGCUCUUUAUCAUCAGAGGACCAUGACUUUGACCCAACUGCAGAAAUGUUAGUUCAUGAGUAUGAUGAUGAGAGGACUCUGGAGGAGGAAGAGUCUCUGGAUGGAGGCAGGAAUUUCAGCUCUGAGAUUGCAGAUCUGGAGAAGGAGGGUAAUAUGCCUUUGGAGGAACUGUUGGCCAUCUAUCGUUAUGAGGCCUCAGCUGGUUCUAGUAUAGACAGCUCCUCUGGUGACCUGACGGAUGAGCUUCCUGACAUGACUUUGGACAAGGAGGAAAUAGCUAAAGACCUGUUGUCCGGGGACUACGAGGAAGAGACCCAGUCUUCAGCUGAUGAUCUCACCCCUUCAGUCACCUCCCAUGAGGCCACUGAUUUCUUCCCAAGAACACUUCGAUCCAACACUAUCUCUGACGGGGAUAAAGAGUCAGAGUGUGAUGACGAUGGCCCGAGCCCAGAGGACUCCAGAAAGGAGAUAAUGGUGGGAACACAGUACCAAGCAGACGUUCCUUCUUGCCUCUGUCACUACAAAGAUGGGGAGAAAGUGUAUGAAGAUGAAGACGAGCUAUUAUGGAGCCCAGGUGCAUUGCCAGAAAACAAGAUUAGGAGUUUUCUGUCUGAAGUGUUGUCACGGACAACGGAUGAAAAGACAGGAUGUGACAAACCAGGGAUGCACAUCCGAGACAAUGAGCAGGCUUUGCAUGAGCUUGUGAAAUGCAACUACAACACCCGUGAAGCACUAGAGAGAUACUGCAGCCGCAUAAAAUCCUCAAAAGAAAAAUCGCCCCAGUGGUCCGAAGAGGAAUGCAAGAACUUUGAACACGCACUACAGAUGUAUGACAAGAACUUUCACCUCAUACAGAAACACAAAGUCACAACACGAACAGUAGCAGAAUGUGUGGCAUUUUACUACAUGUGGAAAAAGUCGGAGCGCUUCGACUUCUUCGUACAGCAGAAUCGGUUCGGAAAGAAAAAGUACAGCAGCUAUCCUGGCGUAACCGACCUGAUGGACAGGCUAGUGGACGAAGCAGAGGGACUGGCAGUGGACAGUUCCUCCUCUGUGUGCUCAGGAGCAGGUGGCGGAGGAAGACUGGAGACCACCACAGACCAACAGCUCAGCUUGCUCAACUCCAUCACUGCCAGCGAUCUCACAGCUCUGAGUAACAGCGUAGCAACAGUGUGCAGCCCUGCGGAGGUCAGUUGCCUGGACUCCUACACCUUUCCUCCCAUGGAAAGUCUACAUCGCGGUUCCCUGAAUCACGAGGAAUCCCUCGGCUUCCCAUCCAACGGUGCAGACCCCGACUGCCUAAACAUGCUCGACGCAGGCUUCUACCACUCGGACCUGGGUCAGCUAGGAGGAGUGUGUGUCAACAAGGACUGCGAGCGGCCUUCAAAGAGACUCAAGAUGGCGCUGCCUGACUCCUUUAUCAAUGACGUCUCUGUAAAUAACCUCGGAGUGGACUUUGAAGGGCGACGGAAAACGACGCACCACCACCGAAUCACCGGCGCCAAAAUGGCAGUGUCUGUCACAGACUUUGGGAGCUUGGCUGGCAGCGGUGAGCCUAACGGGUUCCUGGGAGGACAUGCACGGCACCACACACAGCACACUGCAGCACUUCAGUCAGAGUGAUCUUCCUUGUCUUCUUCUCUUGUUCUUCCCUUUUGAAACCCCUUUUCCUGCUUGUACAUAAGACUGACCUCACUGGAGAAUCCAAUUUGUUUAAAUUCUAUUAUAUAUAUCUAUAUAUAUAUAUAUAUCUAUAUAUAGAUAUAUAUAAAAUAUAUGUAUAUGAAUAUACUUUUUUGUUUUCAUUUUUUGUGUAAUAUGACAUCAGUGAUGUCUAUCAUAUAAAACUAAAAUCUUGAUUUCUUUCAAGAGUUUAUAUAGCCAUUUAUUUUAUUUUUGUUUUGCGGUCUUGAGAUGUGUAACGUCCAUGUACAGUGGGGCCCAGAGGCUGCAGUAGGAGAGUUGUGUAUCUUCCUCCCUCACAUCUAAACAUAACAUCUUUCAAAGCUACAGUAUGUUAUCCUGCCAUACUUUUCGGCUGCCAAAAUCAUCUUACAGUAGUUUUCUGCCUUUAGUGUUUAGUUGCUUUGUUGUUUGAAGUGGUACUU